AUGGGAGCCGACUCGCAGACGAAAACGAUCCUGUGCGCCAAAACGCCCGAACUCAUCGAGACGGCAAUCGCCGACCGCAAGCCAGAACAAUCACAGACUGACCCACAUAACCGGGCUACGACGGCCGACAUCCUAGCAGCGGAGCUGUCCCAAUCCGACUCAACACUCGCCGGAGCACAGUUUGAGAAGGCGCUGCAAACCUGCAGCAAUGUGGUGCACGAGGCAGAAGUGGACCGGAAGCUGAAGGAGAUCGGUUCCGCGACACCCAUCCUGCCGUCCGAAAUCGGAACGGAUUUCAACUUCAAGCGGGAGAUCGUCUGGAAAAAUGUGGUCGGGUUUCUGCUGCUGCACAUCUGCGGCUGGGUAGGACUGCAUCUGGCGUUCUGGCGAUACUGCGACUACCGUACGACGCUUUACACACUUUGGCUCAUGUACGCCUCUGGACAGGGUGUAACGAUGGGUGCCCAUCGACUCUGGUCUCACCGGGCGUUCAAGGCGAAGCUCUGGCUGAGGAUCAUCCUGCUGUGGAUGCAUACACUGGCCGGACAGAACUGCCUGUACGUGUGGGUACGCGACCACCGACAGCACCACAAGUUCUCGGACACGGACGCCGACCCGCACAACGCUAACCGUGGAUUCUUUUUCUCGCACAUUGGAUGGCUUCUGUCCCGAAAGCACCCGAAGGUGAUUGAGUACGGCAAGAAGAUCGACAUGUCCGAUCUAGAGGCCGAUCCGCUGAUUAUGUUCCAAAAGGAUCAUUACAAGCUGCUCUAUACCAUUUUUGCACUGUUUGGGCCUACGGCCAUCCCGGUCUACUUCUGGGGAGAAAACCCCUGGUACGCACUCUUCGUAGCGUUCUUCUUCCGCACGGUGCUCAGCCUCAACGGAACCUGGUCGGUGAACAGUGCGGCCCACAUGUUUGGGACGCGCCCUUACGACAAGACCAUGUGGCCAGUGGAGAAUAUGUUUGUAUCGUUCGUGGCGGUCGGUGAGGGCUGGCACAACUAUCAUCAUGCCUUCCCAUGGGAUUACCGAGCCUCAGAGUACGGCACGCCGCUGAAUCUGACCGGCACGCUAAUCGACCUUUUGGCAAAGUUUGGUGCGGUGUACGAUCGCAAAACGGCUACCCCGAACAUGGUUAAAAACCGUGUCAUGCGUACCGGUGACAAAUCGCAUCACACCUACGGUACGGAUGAAGGGCGCAGUGCUUUUACCACGCUGUGGAACAUCUGGAAGCAUCCGUCCAACCCGACCUACAACUCGAUUCACACGCCCAAGCCGAAAAUACUGCAAUCCGACGGCUACGCGCUCAUUCCGGACGAGUUGAAGCAGUCCGAACGGGACGAGGACAUUUUAUCGAAGGAGAACGAGGAGCUGAUGAGACGCCAGAAGGAGGAAGAGAACCGAACGACGGAAGCGAACCAAAUCUACAACAAGCUGUCGAAAUACAUCAAGGAACAACAGCAAUCGGCACCGGAGUCGGUGGACGAACUGUUACUACACCAGACGAACAAUAACGUCGACAAGGGUGCAAUGGUGCAGGGCAAGGCGGCACUAAACGUCCUCGACUGCAAUGACAAUGCGCUCGUAAAGCGGAAAGUGAUGGUGGACGCUGCCUCUUCCGCUUCAAGUCACCACUAG